CAGAGGUGAAAGGUGUGCGCGCAGGCGCACUGGUGGCCGUUUGCCACGUCCAGAUGAGGUCUGAGAGGAGGGAUUUCCUGUCGCGGUGAGAGGAGUCGGGGGACGGGACAGGACGGGCAGGUGCUGAGCUCGCUUUCAUCCUCCAUCUGCAGGUAUACAGCCUGACAGGAGGCAACGAUGAAUGGGCAACUGGAUCUCAGUGGGAAACUCAUCAUUAAAGCUCAGUUAGGUGAUGAUAUUCGCAGGAUCCCUAUCCAUAAUGAGGAUAUCACCUACGAUGAACUGGUUCUGAUGAUGCAGCGGGUGUUCCGUGGGAAACUUCAGAGUAACGAUGAAGUCACAAUCAAGUACAAAGAUGAAGAUGGAGAUCUUAUAACCAUAUUUGAUAGCUCAGAUCUUUCCUUUGCCACCCAGUGUAGUAGAAUACUCAAGCUUACCUUGUUUGUGAAUGGACAGCCACGGCCAUUGGAGUCAAAUCAAGUUAAAUAUCUUCGCCGGGAACUCAUAGAGCUUCGGAAUAAAGUGAACAGAUUGCUGGAUUGCUUGGAGCCACCUAGUGAUCCAAGUCUUUGUGCCAACAUCCCUGAAAAUGAUGCAGUUGAUGGAAGGGAUGGAAAGCCUGUGGCACCAGACUCCACAAUUAAGCAGCCAGUUCCUGUUAGUGCUGCCAGUAUGUCUGCCUUUGAUCCUUUAAAAAAUCAAGAUGAAAUCAACAAGAAUGUAAUGUCAUCAUUUGGCCUGACUGAAGACCAGGUUUCGGGUCCUCCUACUGCACCAGUCGAUGAAAGAUCGGGAACACCAGACAGUAUUGCCUCUUCCUCAUCUGCUGCUCAUCAGCCUGGAGCUCCACAGCAUCAGCAGUCCUACACAGCAGUUCAGCCUCAAGCUGGCCAGAUGGAAGGUCAAAUGUAUCAGCAGUACCAACAACCAGGGUAUACACCUCAGCCACAACAGCCACAAGCUCAGCCACAGUAUGGGCCACCGUACUCAGCUUACAACCAGCCAGCAUCCUCCCAGCAACAGGCUCAGCAAUUUCAAGCUUUCAAUCAGCAAGCACCCCAAGCUCCUGCACCUGGAUUCUCCACCCAAGCCCAGCCAAUGCCAUCACAGCCUCCUCAGCAGUACCAAGCAGGUUCCUUUCCACCACAGAAUUAUACAACACAAGCUUCUCAGCCCGCUAAUUACACAAUACCACCUGCCUCCCAGCCUGGUAUAGCUCCAAAUCAAACAGGGGCUUACCAGCCAAGGCCAGGAUUUGCACCUUCCCCAGGGAGUAAUGUGACACCGCCACCGUCUGGAUCAAAUCCAUAUGCACGUAAUCGUCCCCCAUUUGCUCAAGGGUACACCCAACCUGGCCCAGGUUAUCGGUAAGCUGCUGUAGUUGUUCAGAAAGCUGCAAGCAAACCUAUUAUCCUGGGUAAUAAUCUAAAGCAGUGCAGGCCUUCUAGUAACUUCAGAAUAAUGGAUUUUGUUUGCUGAGGAAAAAGACCAAAUAGAUUUGUUUUCUUACUUUCUGCUUUCAAAUUUAUCAGCAUCAUAGCAUAAAAUUCUUUUCUUGAGACACUACCGAAACGUGUUGUGAUUUUGAUCUUGUAGAUUGCAUUGGCAAAGGAACAAUAAGUAAUAUGAAGAUAGUUUGUAAGUAGGCCACAAAUGUGAUUCAUUUUUAUUGUUAUAUGAAUAACAAAAUGUACUAAUUGAAGUGAAAUUCAAAGUUAACAUGUACAAAAGUAAUAUUCUCCUGCAAAACUAAUAAAAUGGUUAAAAUCA